AUGGCCACUAUCAAUAGCAUAAAGCUACUUGGUGAAGAUUUCAGUGAUAGCAGGGCUGUUGAAAAGGUUAUCACCACACUCCCUGAGAGAUUUGAGUCUAAAAUCUCAUCACUCGAGGAUUCAAGGGAUUUAACAACCAUUUAUUUGUCUGAAUUGGUAAACUCCCUUUAUGCACUUGAGCAGAGAAGGGCCAACAGGCAGGAAGAGCAUCUUGAAGGAGCUUUCCAAGCAAAGAUCAGAAAAAGCUCAGGCUCAAGUCAGAAAGGAAAGAAGCCUUGGCUAGAUAAGAGGGAGAAACCAAGGAGGGAAGCAGGCAAAAGAAGGUUUCCACCAUGUGUCCACUUGUACAAAAAAAAAUGGAAGGCACCAGCACAGCAGCAGAUCCAAGCCCAAGCUGCUGAGGACCUUCAAGCUCAGGAGGAGCAUGUCUUUACUGCCUCAGGCUUUGCAACCUCAAGCAAAGUCAUAUGCAAUUGGCUUGUGGAUAAUGGCUGUGCACACCACAUGGCAGCUGAUGAAAGUCUAUUCAAAGACCUUAACAGAAGCUUUGCCUCAAAAGUUAAAAUAGGCAAUGAGAAUUUGAUUGAAGCUAAAGGCAAUGGCAAUGUUGUGAUCAACACUGGUUCAGGUAACAAAGUUAUUUCAGAUGUGCUCUUUGUCAAAGUUAUUUCAGAUGUGCUCUUUGUACCUGACAUUGACCAGAAUUUACUUAAUCUUGAGAAGAAGGCUUAUACAAGCCUAGCUGAUAAUGCUGGCCUAUGGCAUAGAAGACUAGGUCAUGCUAAUUUUAGAUCACUAGAUCUAUUGCACAAACUGAACUUGGUAGAUGAUAUGUCUAAAGUUGAGGCAAGGGAGACAGUUUAUAAAGUUUGUCAGCUUGGUAAACAAGCUAGACUGCCUUUUCCAGUUAACCAAGCAUGGAGAGCUCGAGAAAAACUUGAGCUUGUGCACUCUGAUAAGUCUGAGGUGUUUGAUACCUUUAGUAGAUUUAAAGCACUAGUAGAGAACCAGUCAGAUUGCAAGAUUAAGGCAUUGAGAAUUGAUAAUGGCACUGAAUACUUGUCUGAAAGGUUUCAAAAACUUUGUGAGCAGGCAGGGAUCCACCAUCAGUUAACCACUGUUUAUACUCCACAACAAAAUGGAGCUUGUGAAAGGAAGAACAUGAUAGUGAUGGAUGUGGCCAGAUGCUUGCUAUUUCAAAGCAAACUUCCAGGCAAAAUUUGGGCUGAGGCUGUCAAUACCUCAUUGUAUUUACUCAACAAGCUUCCAACUCGAGCUGUGAAGGAAAAAACACCUUUUGAAGCCUGGUAUGGACUCAAACCAUCUGUUUCUCAUCUAAAAGUGAUUGGAUGUGUGUGUUAUGUUCUCAUUCCAGCAGAAAGAAGAACCAAGCUAGAGAGAAGGUAUGUUAUUGAUGCAAGUCAGUUUGAAGAAGAUCAGUUUGACAUCAGCUUAGAUCCAGCUGAAAGUGAAUUAGGAAAUGCAGACAUUGAUGAUCCACCUGUGAGAGGCACCAGAACCAUUGCAGAUAUCUACCAUAGAUGCAAUAUUGCAAUAGUUGAGCCUUUGAGCUAUGAAGAAACUGCAAGAAACAAAUAUUGGAAAAAGGCCAUGGAAGCUGAGCUUGAUACGAUUCAUAAGAAUGAGACAUGGGAUUUGGCACCUAGAGCUUGGUAUGACAAGGUUGAUGCAUACCUGUCUAGGCUCAGGUUUGAGAAAAGCCUGAGUGAACCAACACUCUAUGUGAAGAAGACUGAAGAUGAAACUUUACUGAUUGUUUCAAUCUAUGUGGAUGAUUUACUAGUAACUGGAAGCAAAAGUGAUUUGAUCAAUGAUUUUAAGACACAAAUGCAAGAGGUGUUUGACAUGACAGACUUGGGAAUCAUGACAUGCUUCCUUGCAACUAGACCUGACCUUAUCCAUGCUGUUAGUUUAUUAUCAAGAUUCAUCAUUGUUAUGAUACAACACAUUUCAAGGCAGCUAAGAGGAUACUUAGGAGUCUUUUGCUGGAGCUCAAAGAAGCAACAAACAGUUACUCAAUCCACAGUUGAAGCAGAGUACAUUGUAGCAGCAGCAGCAGUGAAUCAAGCCAUUUGGCUUAGAAAGUUGUUAUUUGAUUUGAAUGAAGAUCAAAGUGAAGUCACUAAGAUUAUGGUUGAUAAUCAAUCAACAGUUGCCAUAGCUAAAAAUCUAGUCUUCCAUGAUGCAAAUUGGGGAAUUGAUGUGGAUGAUAGGAGGUCUACUACAGGGUUUUUGGUUUGGCUAGAGUCUCUUUUGUCUGAGUUGCAUGUUUUUACCUCAAGAAAGGCAGCAAUGUGGUGUGAUAACUCAAGAGUAGUUGUUGUAUUUGCUAAUCCAGUGUUGCACUCGAAGUUCAAGCAUGUCAAGUUAACUUUGUUCUUUGUUCGAAAGAAAGUUGCUACUGGAAAGCUAAGUGUGGGGCAUGUUCCAGCACAGGAACAAGUAGCAGAUGUGUUUUCCAAACCUUUAUUAGCUCAUUUGGUUUCAAAAACCCUCUUAGCGCCGUCGUCGGUUCUUCAUCCCUCCACCUUGGACGGUGGUCGUGGCAACAACAAACGGGCUUUUCAGCCCUUGAUUAAGCCAUAUUUGAAGGCCAAACCUUCAAAGCCUGGGCAAUCGAGAUCGGGAGGCUUCCCCCUCCUUUUGGAGUUCGAACUCGACGAUGGAGGGAGGAGUUCCGGUGACGCGAUUCGAUUUUGGAAGUUAACAGGGCGGGUUUUCGCUAUUUUGGUGCAAAACGACGAAAGGUGCCAGGUCUCGGGACCAGGCACUGGCGAGGCGACCAAAGAGGGCGUACGAACGGGUGCGGCGCACAUGGAGGAGUUAGGGUUUUCGUUUAGCUAA